AUGGACAGUAUUAUGGCAGUCGACAUGAAUAUCAAAGAACUUUUGGUCAUAGGAGAUUCCGAUUUGCUGAUACACCAAGUCCAAGGAGAAUGGUCCACCAAGAAUGUCAAGAUACUUCUGUACCUGCACUGUGUGAAGGAGCUACGCAAGAAGUUCACAAAGAUUGAGUUCAAGAACGUCCCCAGAUUUCAAAACGAGUUCGCCGACGCCCUUGCAAUCCGAUCAUUUAUGAUUCAUCAUCCAGACAAGAACUACAUCGACCCUAUCGAGGUAGAGAUCAGGUAUCAACAUGCCUAUUGCUUCCAUGUAGAUGAAGAACCAGAUGGUAAACCAUUGUAUCAUGACAUCAAGAGAUUCCUUACAAUAAGAGAAUACCCGAAAGAUUCUACUAUUGUAUAA